AUGGACAAAGACACACAAGAAGUAAAUGCUGAACUUAAGUUAAGGUAUCUGUCGUUCUUGAACAGCAUCAGAGACAAAGAAGUAAGUUUUAUUAUACUUGGUAGUCUUUUUGGUAUCUUAAAUAUUUGCUAAAUACAACUCUUUAGGUAGACGUACAGCUGUGUGACAACAUUGCCGUGAAAGGAAACUUCAUUGGAAUGCAGAGAAACGGCGAACACUUUCUUCUGAAGCCCUUAACUACUCCGACUGGUCAGUUAGACAGUGGAGUAAUACGGACAAAGGAUACUGUAACUCUAACGGUUGAUCUCAAAAACUUUGAAUAAAUAUUAAUGUUGAAUUUCGAUUUUGGUUUAAUGGUACAUCCCAUUGCUGUUAUUGUCGCCAAUGUUGCUUUCAAUUUUUAAAAUUACUUUGAAUAGUCAGUUGUAUGGUAUAGUAAAGUGUAUCUGGGUAAUUCUUUCGCAAUUUUUUGACCAAAAUAAAAUUUUAAGACAUGAAUUGUAAGUAAUAAAAUGAUACAGUUUAGAGCGAGAUGGACGUAGUCGGCGUUCUGAAGGUGUACAAAUGGCUAGCCGACAGUUACAUGGUCGACUUUUUUGUUGAAGAUAACUGGCAGAAGCUCCAGAAGUCAUGGAGAGAUUACUUUGACACAUUUUCUGAUGAAGAUGUUGUAGUAUUCGUUAGACAUCUUCUGAAUCCGGCUUCCUCAACAUGGCCCAACUUGUCAUCACCACCCCCAUUGUCAUUAAUAUCGUUGAAAAAUGUUGCUUUUUCUUUGAGUGUGCCAUUUUUUAAACCUGUGGAGAGUUUAAAGGAAUUGGCUACGCAUUUUGAAAUUGAUACUGUGAGUUAUUAGUAAGCAAAUUUUUGCAUUAAACUCCAAUUUGCACAUGAUUAUUAAGGAAUUACUAAUUUUAGGACAAAAAUUUCACGGAUGUUUGUGUAGAACUGGACUCAAAGAAGCGGUUGAAGAUAAAAGACAAGAAGAUUCACGAGAUUGGGAGAAUAUUGGACUUGACCACGUUGGUCAUCGAAAGUGCUAAAGCUAAGAAAGAAGAGAUUGACGAGGUGGUUGAUGUUGGAGCAGGCUUAGGUCACUUAUCAAGAGUUUUGUCAAUGUAUUUGGACAAAAAAGUGCGAACAAUCGAAGGAGAUGAACAGGUAUGGUCUCGACAAUCAUUUAUCUUUACCUUUGCUGAUAUUUGCAGCUGGUACACCGUGCUUUGACAAUCGAUGCCAAGGUGUCGAAAGGUGAAAUGGAAAUGCCAGACCGUAUUUCGGCUUACAUAAAAUCAGAAGAAGAAAUUCAACAAACUCAGAACGCGCUGCUGAUCGGGUGUCAUACUUGUGGAGACUUGGCUCCAACGAUCAUCCGACAUUACAAGAACAACACUUCGGCCAAAGCACUUGUUCAUUUCGGCUGUUGCUACCACAAAAUGAAUGGUGGACUAGAUAAACCAUUCCGAGUUGAAACAAAAGAACCAUUUAAACCUGCUGAAGAUGGAUUCCCUUUGAAUAAGAAGUAUAGUGAGGUCGAGAUCAGCUACAUGGCUAGGGAAUUGGCAUGCUUUAGCUACGGACAAUUCGUCGAUAAAAUUGGAGAGGUAAGAAAGCGCGUUUAAAUUAAACAUUGGGCAGAUUUUUUCAGUAGAAUGAAAAGACCAUCUAAAGAUCUUUCUAAUAAAAUGACAUAAGUAAAUGGCAUUUAUUUUAGAAUGAAAACCAAUUCUACGUUAACGGGUCUAGGGCGGCAUUGGAGUAUUUAAUAGUCAACAUCCUGGGAAAACGAGAUUGGCGACAUAGUAAAAUGGUUGGUGUGAAAAAUGGUCAUCUGAUGGAUUUCUGGGAAUAUGCAUCGAAAACGGCCAAACACAAUCCACAAGUUAUACAGCUUUUGGAAGAAAACGUGGGUUUGUACAUUCAAGUUUACUUUAAAAACAUAACACAGCUUUCUUUUGAAAGGCACUGUCAGACAAAUACCUAGAUCAGUUAAAAAUCCCGAGCUUGAACGUCCCAACUUUCAGAAGUUGGACAAUGACAUCAAUAAGCAGAUAAAUCAGCUUUUAAGCGUGAGCCGAACUCAAGUCCCUGUCUUCUACGCCUUACGGCUCUUAAUUGCACCACUUAUCGAAACAGUUAUCUUAUACGACCGUCAAGAAUACCUCAAAGAACAUGGAAUCACAUCCAAACUCAUCCCGUUGUUUAACCCCAACAUAUCCCCUCGCAACACAGCUCUAAUUUCAAUUAAAUAA